AUGGAGUUCCACAACAACGUCGAAGGAAACGAAGCCCUAACUGAGUUUGCUUCAAAGCAAUUGCUUCCCCUUGCCCAUGACGACCCGAAGAAGCUAGCCGACAUGAUCCGCGACAUACCCGGCUUUCGCGCAGGAAUCGACUUCCGUCACGCUGUCGACAUCGCCAAGAGACCAGGCGGCCUGGUGCUCUGCAUGCCCCUGCUCCAGUCUCACUUCGUGGGUGAUUGGAGCAAGGUCGAUGCCAUUGUCUGCUGCGAGACCGGCGGCUUCAUCUUUGCGUCCGCUUUCUGUGGCCAAAGCUGCGUCGCAUAUCUCUUCGGGGGUUGA